AUGUGUUUAGGACGACCAUGCGCAGCUGAUGGAACAUUUCUGCCGCAUGGCACUCCCCCAACUCCCGCACCAUUGAAGGCUCCUGAUGAUUGGAGUCCCUAUCGCAACAGAAUAGAAUUCGAGCUAGCAGAGUUCGCAUUCAAAAAGUGUCACAUGUCUGCAAGAAAUUUGGAUUUCUUGUGUGACUUAAUGGCCGCAACUCUUGCGAGACACCAUGACACCCCUCCAUUCGCAGAUCACAAAGAUCUACACAAUGUUAUAGAUGCGACACAACUCGGUGAUGUCCCUUGGCAGUGUUUCUCGGCCCAAUACUCAGGAGAACGACCUGAGGUUGUCCCGCCAUGGAUGGAUGAUGAAUUCGAGGUCUGGUACAGGGACCCCCGUGCGAUGGCACACAACAUACUCGCCAACCCUGAUUACAAGGAUGAGAUCGACUACGUGCCGUUUCAUGAAUACGACGCAUCGGACUCCACAUGCCGAUGGAAGGAUUUCAUGUCCGGAGACUGGGCAUGGCAACAGGCAGACACCAUAUCGAAAGAUCCAGAAACACAUGGAUCUUCCUUAGUCCCAAUUAUUCUCGGUAGCGACAAGACCACUGUCUCUGUGGGCACCGGCAAUAAUGAAUACUACCCCCUCUAUGCCUCGAUUGGUAACGUACGCAACAAUGUACGGCGUGCACACCGUGAUGCCCUCGUAAUCAUCGGUUUCCUCGCCAUUCCUAAAAGUAUGUAUAAGCAUGCUAAAGACGACGUAUUUCGUAUCUUCCACCGCCAGCUAUUUCACAGCUCUCUGUCUGCGAUUCUCUCCAGCCUCAAACCUGUUAUGACCACGUAUGAGGUCGUGCGCUGUGGAGAUGGCCAUUUCCGGCGCGUUAUAUACAGUCUAGGACCCUACAUAGCGGAUUAUGAGGAACAACUCAUGCUAUCCUGCAACAACAAUAUACAUUGGCAGAUGAAAAUGAACGAGUCGUCCCUGAUAUUGCACUGCAACCAGAUGCCAAUGUGGUUGAACCACAACCUGGAAUCGACAUUGACGACGGCGAAAUAG